AUGUCAGUUUUAUCAAUCUUGGUAUUCAUCACACAAGGGGCUUUCAUUCGAAGGAGCUACUCGAAAAAACCGCCUGACUGUGAAACUCUGCUUGAGUUGAUCUCCCGGGUCCUUGCGGAGCAGGAGGAAUGCCCCGAGAAGCUCUCUGCGGCCUUGGAACGGGGCAUCAGGUUGGUUUGGGAAGAUGCUUACGAUUUGGUCAACCCUUUUGGUGACCGCCGAGGUGGUGCGUUCAGUAGCGUUUGGACAUUUGACCUCGACAAAGAUGCAAUUUUUCUCGAAAAGGAGAAUCAAAUUCGCGUGGCGCCUCUUCAAAUUGGUCGUCAACGACCGCUGACUCUCGACGAUUUUAAGCUGCUGGACUUACCCCAACCACCACUUGAACAACCAACUCUGCCAGGACCCUACUGGGAACCCAAGUUUGAUCAACGCCCGCGAGAGAAAUCUUUUCUUGGCCGAGUAAUCCGCGACUUUGCCUACACAUGGCGUCAUGUGCUUCGGCGACAAAUGAACGCCACGACCUUUAUGAAACUGGCAUAUGCCACCCUCUGGAUUUCAUCAAUGGACUUCACCAUACGGGAGCGUACUGGAUUCGAACACAUCACAGAAGGUGGCGCUUAUGUUUGGUUGGUUGACUUACCAAACUGGGAGACCCCUAAGGCAACACUCUUCAAAGCCGGAUCAACUUGGUUUGUCUUGGCUCAGGAUAUCCAGGACGGACUUGAGAUGGUACGACGCCAUGCGCAAGGUCAUUCGUUGCUCAUAGAUCCUGCUGCCAACGUCGUUACCUAUGCAAUUCUUUCUCUCCGGCAACUCACUCUUUGCAAGGCGGAGAGGAAUGAGAUUGUAUGGACGAAAUCUGAAGCGCUGUUCGGCGAGGCUCCUGCGUCUGAUGAUGCCAUCGACGUGAUGCUCUGGGCAACAAACACCUCUGGAGAUACCGAAUCGAAACCAACUAGACUUAAUCUUCUUCCUACGGAGAUCCAGGACGGAAUUCUGUAUCACGCAACAGCUAGCUUGGUCGCGUCAGCCAAACUGGGUUGUGAACUUGGUCUAGGGUCACCCUUCUCUUGGGCUGACAGAGGCGCAAAGAUCAGGGUUGAAGAACGCAAGAGGCACCGGUUCGAAAGCUCACCCGUUGAAUCGCAGAUCUUUUUCGAUGGGGCGAUGAGCGGCUUGUCGUAUAAGCGGGACCCCAGGCACCAAAUAAUUCGUCCGGGACAGCAUCCCCUUCCUGUUGGUUUGCGAGAACAGUUCGUUCCUGGGGCAGGUACCCUAUGA